GGCCCUGCAGGACGCAAUUACAAGCUGGAAACUCCAAGAAAAGUAUCUGGUUGCUAUAACAACCGACAACGGGAGCAACAUCGUCAAAGCGGUUGAGCUGAACGAGUGGCUGAGGAUGCAGUGCUUCGGUCACAGACUGCACUUGGCUAUUGGACAUGGCAUGAAUGACAAGCGUGUCACCUGGGCCAUUUCUUUGUGCAAAAGAAUUGUAAGCUGUUUUUCGUACAGCUGGAAGAAAAGGAGACAUCUUGCUGAAGUCCAGAUUCAGCUGGGUCUGCCAAGUCACCAACUCAUAACCGAGUCUGCCACACGCUGGGGAUCCAGGCAGCAGAUGAUAGAGAGUGUCCUGGAGCAGGAAGGAGCACUGGCCAAAGUCCUGUCUAAUGACAAAAAGACCAGGCACCUUGUCCCUACCUGGCAGGACUUAGAGGUCCUAGAAGCAGUCCAAAAGGUCCUGAAACCUCUCCAGGACUUUACUGAUGCUUUAUCAGGUGAGGAGUACGUCACUCUAUCAUAUGUGAAAUCUGUGCUGCACCUUUUUAACGAAAGUCUCCUGGGGUGUGAAGAGGGUGAUAGCGAGAUGUAAAUCGAUCAAGACCAGCAUUGUUGAGUACCUCAACAGCAAAUAUUCUGACCCAGCCACUACUGACCUUUUGGAGAUGGCUUCAUUUGUGGAUCCUCGGUUCAGGGCCACCUACAUCCCAAGUGAAAAAGUCGAUGCAUUGAAGCACAGAGCCGUCUUGGAGGUGGAGACGCUACUGGCUGAUCAGAGCAGCUGUCAACCGCCUUGCCUAUGUGUGCCCACUGUGCCUGAGCCUGCAGAUGGAGAAGCAGCAGUAGCACCAAAAGCUAAGAGACUGGCAAGCUUCUUCAAGAAGCGCACAGCCACCACCACUGCACCAACCAAGAGAGGGGCUAUUGAAAAUGAACUGUCAAGUUACUUGCAGUCCGCAAGUGUGGAGAGUGACACUGAUCCUCUCAAGUGGUGGAAGGAUAAUGAAGUUCUCUUUCCAUCUCUGAGCCACCUGGCAAAAAAGUAUCUCUUGGUACCAGCUACCAGUUCACCCUCCGAAAGGGUUUUCAGCUGUAGUGGCAAUAUCGUGACCUGCCACAGAGCAUUUCUGAAGCCGGAUGCUGUUGACAGGCUGGUGUUUCUCGCACAAAAUCUUUAAACGAAGGAGGAUACGCUUGUCUGUCUUCUAAUGUCUACCUCAAGACAGCAUUACUGUUUAUCAAAGUAAAAAAAGAGGGGGAAAAUGUUUAUUGAGUUGAUAAUCUGUUUCUUGUGCAACUGGUUGAGACUGUUCAGAUAAGAAAUUGAGUUAACAAAAAGGAAAAGGUAAUCUCAAGCUGAUGUUUAAAAAAAAUGUUCUUAAACUGAGCACUUUAUUUUGUUCUUUCUUUAUAUGUAAAUGCUCCCCUUAAGUUACUAGGGUUUGUCAUAUUCUUUUGUAAUGUUCGUUAUUUGCAUCUGUGGAUUUGUUAGAAAGGAGAAUAAAAUCUGUUAUUGGAUUUUAAUAAGCCAUUUAUAGUUGUAAAACUAAAAAUUUUUGAUAUUGUACUUCUCAUAUAAAUAUAUUUAUUUCGGAAAAAGAUUGGCCUAUUUUAUUUUAUAGUCUAUUUUUAAGAUAUUUUUUUUAUUUAAAUGUGCACCUUAUGGAGCUUUGAUUUCAAAAAAGGUACUCCUGUCCUAUUGUUAUACAGUAUU